AAAAAACCAAAUUUUCCGUUCAAAUCAGCACCAGACCUAACCAAAUUUAGCUCAAGUUGAUCUAGGGCAUAAGCGGCAAUCAAUAAGUUGAGGACCUCGAGGUUUCGCCGGACGGGGCUAGGGUUUCUGAUUGUGCGACAUGAUCGGCCUUCCUGCGCCGUCGGAGCUUCUCGCCGACGACUCCUUAUUCUUUGAUUUCUCCGGCGACCCAAACUGUAACCCUAUCGCCCCCACCCCGCUCCUCUUCUCGGAAAUCCCCGACGCCGAUAUCGAUCAACGUCCUGGUUUAUCUGUAGAUGGGGAGGAAGAGGAGCUCGAAUGGCUGGCCAACAAGGACGCUUUUCCCCCUCUCGAAACAUACUUCGAUCCUGUUUCGGGGCCGCCUUUCCGACCUCCGGCGAGGGCAAGGAGUGGCGGGAGACGGAGGAGGCGGAAGGCUCUGCCGGCCUUUGAGCCGUCGCCGGCGACGGAGAGGAAGAAAUGCCGGCACUGCGAAGCGCAGGAGACGCCGCAGUGGAGGUUGGGGCCGGAGGGACCGAAGACACUCUGUAACGCGUGCGGGGUGCGGUAUAACUCCGGCCGACUGGUGCCGGAAUACCGGCCGGCGAACAGCCCGACGUUUUCUCCUGCUAUACAUUCUAAUUCGCACCGGCAGGUCAUGUUGAUACGCCGCCGGAAGUACGGCGGGGGGGGGGGGGGGGGGUGGCGGCCGACACUCCGGCAUCAAUCGGAGAGUUUCUGAUUUGGUUGGAAUGUUGCUUGAUUUUAGGUUGGGGGUAACGUGAAAUGGGAGAAGAUAUUUCUCUGCGUUCAUUUUUUUUUUUUAAAUUGUUUUGAUUGGAUGGAAUUGUGUGGUGGGAUAUAAUCUGCAGAUUUGAUGAGUUGAUCUGAAGCGUUGGUUUUGGAAUUA